CCGCUGAGAGCCGCUGAUGGGCCGUGAGCCGCGGUGCUGGUGCGCGGCUGUCCUGGAUGUCCCGUGCGGGCUGUAGUGCGCUGCGGCCGGACUGAAGCUGUUGUUUAGGAUGGGCCCAGCCUGUCAGAGCCUGAGGAGAUGUCUUUGGGUCGGCUCCUGCGGCGUGCCUCCUCCAAGGCCUCCGACCUCCUGACCUUUAACCCCAGUGCAUGGAGUGUAUCCUUACGCUCAGGUCUGGAUGGGGAGAUCAUCUUCUCCAAAAAUAAUGUCUGUGUCCAUCCAGCAGAACCACUGCCUGGCCUGGCAGAGCAUCACCCAGGUUAUCUUUGCGUGCAUGUGGAGAAGGAUGAAUGUCUGGGCACCACCCUAAUUCUGACCUGGGUGCCCAACUCACGCAUCCAAAGGCAGGACGAGGAGGCCAUGCGUUACAUCACUCCAGAGAGCUCUCCUGUGCGCCGCAAUGCACGACGCAGAUGCCGCAGGCACCAGUGUCGGCCCUCUACAGCUCCAGGGGAGGAGGAGGAGGAGAGGUUUUUAAGCAGCAGUACCUCAGCAGAGGGCAGUGUGGUGGUAGAAACUGCAGCAGAGCUGCCCUCUGCUGGUGAAGAGGGGGAUGAGGGCUCUUGUGAGCUCUCAGAUGAAGUGAGUCGGGACAGUACCAUGGGGUCAGACUCAGACACCUUCUCCUCUCCAUUCUGCUUGUCUCCAGUCAGUGAGGCUCUCUGUGAGAGCAGCAACUCUGUCUUUUUGGACAGCGAGAGCAGGGAGUUGUGCGAAGAAUCCAUGGCGCAUUCUAUAAGCUCCACCUCCAGCCUGGAUAGCCACGCCCCCUCUGACAGUAGCAGCCAAUCACAGGUGGUGCGGUGGGAGGAGCAACAGAAGGUCCUAGCGUUGGAGCAGUUGUGUGGCGUCUUCAGGGUGGACCUGGGUCACAUGAGGUCACUCAGACUGUUCUUCAGUGAUGAAGCCUGUACCAGCGGGCAGUUGGUGAUAGCCAGCCGUGAGAGCCAGUAUAAGAUCCUCCAUUUCCAUCACGCUGGUCUGGACAAGCUGGCAGAGGUUUUCCAACAGUGGAAGUGCUGUCGAGAAACUCAAAUCAAAGACCAGGUUUCUGAUGAGAAGUCUUGCAUGCAGUUUUCCAUCCAGAGGCCCACGCUGCCGUCAAUGGAGACUCACCCAGAGGAGAAGCUGUACCGACGGCUGGAUGUCACCACAUGGCUGCGUCACCUCAACCACAGUGGACAAGUCGAGGAGGAGUACAAACUCAGAAAGGCCAUCUUUUUCGGAGGGAUCGACCCGUCCAUUCGUGGAGAGGUGUGGCCCUUCCUGCUGCACUACUACAGCUAUGACUCCAGCUCAGAGGAGAGGGAGGCCUGGAGGCUGCAGAAGAGGGCACACUACCAGGACAUCCAGCAGAGGAGGUUAUCUAUGAGCCCUGAAGAACACAGUGCAUUUUGGAGGAAGGUCCAGUUCACUGUGGAUAAAGAUGUGGUCAGAACAGAUCGCAGCAACCAAUUUUUCCAAGGAGAGAACAACCCAAACGUGGAGAUCAUGAGGCGCAUUCUGCUCAACUAUGCCGUGUUUAAUCCCGACAUGGGCUACUGCCAAGGCAUGUCUGACCUGGUGGCCCCGCUGCUCAGUGAAAUCCAGGAUGAGAGCGAUACCUUCUGGUGCUUCGUGGGCCUCAUGGAGAAUACCAUCUUCAUCAGCUCGCCGCGUGAUGAAGACAUGGAGAGGCAGCUGAUGUAUCUUCGUGAGCUGUUGCGCCUCAUGUUGCCGCGGUUUCACCAGCACCUGACCCGUCUGGGGGAGGACGGGCUGCAGCUGCUCUUCUGCCAUCGCUGGAUCCUGCUCUGCUUCAAGAGAGAGUUCCCUGACACCGAGGCUCUGCGCAUGUGGGAGGCCUGCUGGGCACACUACCAGACGGACUACUUCCACCUGUUUCUGUGUGUGGCCAUCAUUGUUCUUUAUGGGGAGGACGUCACGGAGCAACAGCUGGCCACUGACCAAAUGUUACUCCACUUCAGCAACCUGUCCAUGCACAUGAAUGGGGAGCUGGUGCUACGCAAGGCUCGCAGUCUUCUGUACCAGUUCCGCCUCUUACCCAGGAUCCCGUGCAGCCUGCAUGACCUGUGCAAGCUGUGCGGGCCCGGCAUGUGGGACAGCCGCUACAUCCCCACAGUGGAAUGUUCUGGAGAACAUCCGGACUCCCAAAGCUGCCCGUAUGGAGGCACAUCUACCCCUCAACCCUCCUCUCCAUCCCCCUCAACCACGCCUCUACAGUCCCCCAACCCCGCCCCCACGCCCUCUCCGGACAGCAAGAGGACCUCUAAAACCAGGGACAUAUUCACCUUCAGGAAACAGACAUGACUGUGUAUGACUGUGUGUGUGCUGGACUCACUGGUCUCUUUUGUGUGAUGUGGAACACUGCCUUAUCAGAGCCUGGGACAGUUCCAGUGAUGAGGCCAAGAGUCGAAGAGGCUGCUUCUCAGUUUGACACAGAACAGACAAUCACUAGGCGCUGUGUUCGGCUCAACCCAACUGAGGUUUGCUAGCUUUUUGGCCCACUUCCAGUGGUCUUCAGGAUUUCAACAGGGUCUAAGGACUGGAUUCAUGCUGACUUUUUGAACCAGGGUCAAGUGAAACUAGAGAUUCAUUCAUUAGAAGUCAACUUUUCAUAAUGGGGAGUUGUGGAGACAUGAGCUACUUGAAUCUCUAGAAUUAUUGCAGGAGGGUACAGAAAAGUAUAAAUGACUUUCUGUAAGCAAUAUAUUAUCCUUGCAUGUUUUCCGUAUAGAGGACACGGUGUUUGUAAAACAGGUUUGAAUGUGUUGACACGAUUCACACUAAGAUAGGGCUCUGCAUAUCUCAUCGCAAGAAAAAACUUUGAGCAAUAGGAGCAUUUAGGCAUCAGGGUUUACGAUCUGAAACUCAUUUGUAUGUGUUUGCUUGCUCCAGUUUAAAUCACAUUUUUAUCAUGACAUGGAGAUGAAUGGUUUUGUUUAACAUUUUUGUUUGGACAGGGUUGUGAAAAAUUGUCAGCAGUGUUGUUAUUUUCAUCUGCAUAUUUCAGAAUUCCACUCUCAAGCGUACUAUGAUGUCAACAAGACACUGUCAACACCAAGGCUGAGUCACACGAAUGUAUCCUUCUGCUUUUCCAUGGCUGUCUUUACUUGGUGAUUAUUUUGCGUGUGUGUAAACUGGAGCAACCUCUAAACAUCUGGUAAUGAGUUGAAGAACAGACACAGCCCCCAUCCCCACACCACCCGCCUCCUUUUGACCAAUCUCCUAAAUUAUAGUAGUCAUCGGGAGGAAACCUGCAAGAGAAAACUCGGAUGCAAAAGCUGGCUGUUUGGUCUCUUUUUCAGUAAGAAAAAAUGCAAAAUACAAAGCAAGCAUUUCCCUCUGCGACUCUGAAAGCAUUUGGGAGAUGUACAGUGAUGUGGAGACGCUUGUGUGGUUUGCAAAUCCCACAUGUUCGUUUGGCGCGCAGACCCCCCCCCCCCCCCCCUCGAGAACCCACGAGUGACACUCUUGGGGGGCAAAAACAUCUGAAAUAGCUGCUAAAAUGUAACAUUAAGACCUUCAAUCAGUCUUUCCUCCCCUCUUCUGCUUCCCCCGCUCCCCCCUCCUCCCUGUGGUCUGCCACUCAGCAAGCCGUCCCCUGCAAAUGACAUGCAUAACAGCUCCGUUUCCUAUUAGUUAUCAUGCGCAGCUGUUUUCUCCAAACCCACACAGUUUGGGAGAGUGGUGGGGCAAGUAAAAGUGAACUAAAUCCAAAAUGGCUACUAUUAGAAUACCAUGUAAGUGUAAUAUGAUCAUGUUAUAGAUCCAUGGCGAUUAUAUGUGAAUUUUGUUUAAGGGAAUGACAUCACUAAAUCACAAAUCUAUGUCAGACGACUGGAUCAGCCACUGAAUGUACGUCACAGUAUUGAGUCAAUUCUUACUCUGUAUUAAUAAAAAACACUUGUGCAUCC